UUUGAAUCUAAAAAUAAACACGUGAAAAAUUUUUGCUUAAAAUCUUUUUGGAAGAAAUAUUUCAUGGACAAUAAGUGGACUCUAAUUGUUCUUAGUUCUGUCGUAACAAUACAAUGCUUUCUCAUUUGUACAAUUUUAUAUUGCUUGACUAAAACUUGUAAGUGUAACGAAGAGAAAAAAGUCGUUAGGAAGUUUUUUAACUACCGUCAAGACGUUUCAGUUACGACACCAUUGAUUGGUACAAGUAACAUUGACAUUGAAACUGAUUUUCAAUAUCUAAGUGAAACUUCCAAUAACGCCGAGCAAAGAAUCAAAUGCUAUAAAGCUUGUCAGAAGGAGAAUCAAAAUUUGAAAACAAGUAUGUCUGAUGAUAUAUUAUCUAAAUGUUUAAAUAGACGGGAUUGGAAGAAAUUUAAAUCCGAAGCAAUUACUGAAAUAAAUAAAGAUGCUGAAGUUAUCAAGGGAUUAGAUAGCCCAAAUGCAAAUAAUGCUGAUUUAGCGAAGACAGACAGAGUGAAACGAAAUUGCGAAACAAAAGUUGCAUUUGAAGAUGAAAAGGCUUUAGAGAAGGACAAGGCUUCAAUUGAGAGUAGAGUUGAUAACACAGAGAGAUUGGAAUUGGAAGACUCUGAUGUCGAACCCAAUAAUAUAUCUUCGGAGAAAGAAAUUAAAUGCCACAGUUAUAAUUGCUUCGAUGUAUCUGAAUUAAGGCAGAUGAAAAAUAACAGUCGAUACAAAGAUGAUUUUUCUAAAGCCGGUGCUCCGUCUAUUUCCCCGGAAAAGGGCGCACAAAUUUAUUUCUCCAAUGACUCUAUUGACGAUUUCCUAUCAGAACGAGGUGUUACUUAUCUUGUGGGUGAAAAUAUAUCAAAAUACACCUUUUCCAGUGACUUUAAUGAUGUAAAGGAAUCAGCAGCAUCUACGGUUUCAAGUAAAGCAAAAAGGAAUAUAGUUAAAAGUGUAUUAUCUUUACUGCGUAAAAAAUCCAAGCUCGCCUCUUCUUCGGAUCCCGGUCGGAAUGAAGAAAUGGACGUAAAAUUAAUUCACAUGUCGAAGGCAUCUGUGUAUACAUCCAGCAAUGAUUCUGAUUACGUUAGAACAUUAAAAAGAAACGAUUCAAGGACAUCCUUCUAA